CGUUUCCAAGCACUUAGCACGGGCUUGAAUUACUACACAACUUUUACAAAACCUUUUUCGUGCCCAUAUUCCUGCAUUUUUUUUUCAUGGAAGAACUUGCUCGUGAACCUUGUCCAAACCGAAUAAUUACGGAUUUUGGCGGAGCCUUUGCAAUGGGAGCGGUAGGCGGAAGUGUGUUUCAUCUAGUAAAAGGCUAUUUUAAUUCACCGAAGGGGCAACGUUUUCAGAGUGCUGUUAACGCUAUGAAAGUAAGAGCUCCGAUCAUAGGAGGAAGUUUUGCUAAUUGGGGAGGAGUAUUUUCCUGCUAUGAUUGUUCUUUAGUUGCUAUAAGAAACAAAAAUGACGCCAUGAAUUCUAUUGCUAGUGGCGGUUUAACUGGUUUUACUUUGGCCAUCCGAAGUGGACUAGGUGGAGCCAUUCGUUCUGGUAUUGCCGGUUGUGUUAUUUUAGCUAUGAUUGAGGGAGUACAAAUCGCCAUAAGCAGAAUGAUAGCGAGCCAGCAACGAGCCCAACUAGCGGCUCCUUUAGAUGCUCCCGUCCCACUUUUUGAUAAGAAUACUACGGCCACUCACGCAGCGGAUCUUGAGGCCUCGAAAGGAGAAUUAAUAGAAGAUUCAAGCAAUAAUUUGAAGUUUUUGUAAUUAAUUUAUAUUUGA